AUGCUGUCCACCUUCAUAAGGCAUCCCAGCUACAAUCCAACAUCCAAAGCGAACGACAUCGCACUGGUGCAAACGUUUGACACGAUCGUCUUCAAUCCGGGCGUCGGUCGGGUGUGUCUUCCGUUCCGAUUCGGUACGUCUAGUUUCGAGAAUGCACGGCUCAGUGCGCUUGGCUGGGGUGCGAUCGACUUCGGUGCUCCAUCGUCGAAAGAGCUGCUGCAGACAACGCUGUCCGUGGUGUCGUCCACCAGCUGCGGUACGAAGCUCUUCCGGACGAUUCUUGCGUCGCAGAUGUGUACGUUCGCUGCCGGUAAUGAUACCUGCCAGAAUGAUUCGGGUGGUCCACUGUACUAUACCGAUCCGAACAGCCAACUGGUCUACAGUAUCGGUGUGGUAGGGUUCGGUGUGGCCUGCGCAUCGAGCUUCCCGAGUGUGAACACGAGAGUUACCUCGUAUUUGGAUUGGAUCAGCAGUACCACAGGGUAUACGUUCUGUGAGAAGUAGUGCGAGUAUACGCUGUAGGGUAUCUGAUGAGUCUAUUCGGGACUUAAACCCAUGACGGGCUUGUUGUAACAUCGUACGAGAU